UUAUGGAUCCUAUUCGCGAAGGAGAAGUGGCCCACGAGGGAGAUUCGGUUUACACACUCAACGAUUUCACGAAGCUCGAAAAAAUCGGCGAAGGAACAUACGGAGUCGUCUACAAAGGCAAAAACAGAAGAACCAAUGCCAUGGUUGCUAUGAAGAAAAUCAGAUUGGAAAGUGAAGAUGAGGGUGUUCCAUCAACGGCUGUGCGAGAGAUCAGCUUGCUCAAAGAGCUCCAGCAUCCGAAUGUUGUUGGAUUGGAAGCGGUCAUUAUGCAGGAGAACCGGCUUUUCCUGAUCUUCGAAUUCCUGUCUUUCGACUUGAAACGAUACAUGGAUCAGUUGGGAAAAGAUGAAUACCUUCCGCUCGAAACUCUUAAAAGUUACACAUUCCAAAUUCUUCAAGCUAUGUGUUUUUGUCAUCAGCGUCGUGUUAUUCAUCGCGAUCUUAAGCCACAGAACUUGCUGGUCGACAACAAUGGAGCAAUCAAGCUUGCCGAUUUCGGACUUGCCAGAGCUAUUGGUAUCCCGAUUCGCGUUUACACGCAUGAAGUUGUCACUCUCUGGUAUAGAGCUCCAGAAAUUCUGAUGGGUGCUCAGAGAUACUCGAUGGGCGUAGACAUGUGGUCGAUUGGAUGCAUUUUUGCUGAAAUGGCCACGAAGAAGCCACUGUUUCAAGGAGAUUCAGAAAUUGAUGAGCUGUUCCGCAUCUUCAGAGUUCUCGGCACACCGACUGAGUUGGAAUGGAAUGGUGUUGAAUCACUUCCGGACUACAAGGCGACGUUCCCAAAAUGGCGUGAGAAUUUCCUCCGUGACAAGUUCUACGACAAGAAGACUGGAAAGCACCUUUUGGACGAUACUGCAUUCUCUCUUCUUGAAGGUUUGCUGAUCUACGAUCCAUCACUUCGUCUCAACGCGAAAAAAGCUCUCGUUCAUCCUUAUUUUGACAACAUGGAUACGUCAAAGCUGCCAGCUGGAAAUUACCGAGGAGAACUCGAACUCUUUUGAUGUAAUUCAUUCAUCAUCAUUUUUAUUAUUUAUUCUCCCGUGCUUUAACCACCUAUCGUCUUCCGUGUAUUGUUUAACUAUCACCAUUUCAACUUUUUACCUGUACGAUGAUUAUUUGGCCCUUCGAUAUUCAUGAGUAAUCUCUUUUUUCACACCGCGAUAAAUAAAUUCGCUCUACUUUCAU